GUGGGGUUUGGGGGGGCAGUAGGUGAAAGGAGCCUGGUUUGUGCCUGCCUGCUGGUCGGCCAGCAAGGAGACGGCCCACUCAGUGGGGAAGGCUGCCGGUUUGGUGGCCCUAGGCCUCGUGGCCCCAGUGGUGGCAGAGCCAUGGUUUCUAAACUGAGCCAGCUGCAGACGGAGCUCCUGGGGGCCUUGCUCGAGUCCGGCCUGAGCAAGGAGGCCCUGAUCCAGGCGUUGGGUGAGCCGGGGCCCUGCCUGCUGGCUGGAGAUGGCUCCCUGGACAAGGGGGAAUCCUGCGGCGGCAGUCGGGGGGAACUGGCUGAGCUGCCCAAUGGGCUGGGGGAAGCGAGGGGCUCCGAGGACGAGACGGACGACGAUGGGGAAGACUUCACGCCGCCCAUCCUCAAAGAGCUGGAGAACCUCAGCCCUGAGGAAGCAGCCCACCAGAAAGCCGUGGUGGAGACCUUGCUGCAGGAGGACCCGUGGCGCGUGGCCAAGAUGGUCAAGUCCUACCUGCAGCAGCACAACAUCCCACAGAGGGAGGUGGUCGACACCACUGGCCUCAACCAGUCACACCUGUCCCAGCACCUGAACAAGGGCACCCCCAUGAAGACGCAGAAGCGAGCCGCCUUGUACACCUGGUACGUCCGCAAGCAGCGAGAGGUGGCCCAGCAGUUCACCCACGCAGGGCAGGGUGGGCUGAUUGAAGAGCCCACAGGUGACGAGCUGCCAACCAAGAAGGGGCGGAGGAACCGUUUCAAGUGGGGCCCGGCCUCCCAGCAGAUCCUGUUCCAGGCUUACGAGAGGCAGAAGAACCCCAGCAAGGAGGAGAGAGAGGCAUUGGUGGAGGAGUGCAACAGGGCGGAGUGCAUCCAGAGGGGGGUGUCCCCGUCGCAGGCCCAGGGACUGGGCUCCAACCUCGUCACGGAGGUGCGUGUCUACAACUGGUUUGCCAAUCGGCGCAAGGAAGAAGCUUUCCGUCACAAGCUGGCCAUGGACACAUACAGUGGGCCGCCCCCAGGGCCAGGCCCGGGCCCCACACUGCCUGCCCACAGCUCCCCAGGCUUGCCCCCACCUGCCCUCUCCCCCAGUAAGGUCCACGGUGUGCGCUAUGGACAGCCAGCAACCAGCGAGGGGGCGGAAGUGCCCUCAAGCAGCGGUGGUCCCUUGGUGACAGUGUCUGCUUCCCUGCACCACGUGUCCCCCACGGGCCUGGAGCCCAGCCACAGCCUGCUGAGCACCGAUGCCAAGCUGGUCUCAGCAACUGGGGGCCCCCUGCCCCCUGUCAGCACCCUGACAGCCCUGCACAGCUUGGAGCAGACCUCCCCAGGCCUCAACCAACAGCCCCAGAAUCUCAUCAUGGCAUCACUUCCUGGGGUCAUGGCCAUUGGGCCUGGUGAGCCUGCCUCCCUGGCCCCCACGUUCACCAACACAGGUGCCUCCACCCUGGUUAUUGGCCUGGCCUCCACUCAGGCACAGAGUGUACCAGUCAUCAACAGCAUGGGCAGCAGCCUAACCACCCUGCAGCCCGUCCAGUUCUCCCAGCCGCUGCACCCUUCCUACCAGCAGCCACUCAUGCCCCCCAUGCAGAGCCAUGUGGCCCAGAGCCCCUUCAUGGCCACUAUGGCCCAGCUGCAGAGCCCCCACGCACUCUACAGCCACAAGCCUGAGGUGGCCCAGUACACCCAUACGGGCCUGCUUCCGCAGACCAUGCUCAUCACCGACACCACCAACCUGAGCGCCCUGGCCAGCCUCACACCCACCAAGCAGGAGGCUGCUGUGUUCCCCCAGGUCUUCGCCUCGGACACCGAGGCCUCCAGUGAGUCCGGGCUGCAUACGCCAGCGUCUCAGACCACCACCAUCCACAUCCCCAGCCAGGACCCCGCCGGCAUCCAGCACCUGCAGCCAGCCCACCGGCUCAGUGCCAGCCCCACCGUGUCCUCCAGCAGCCUGGUGCUGUACCAGAGCUCCGACUCCAACAAUGGCCACAGCCACCUGCUGCCAUCCAACCACAGUGUCAUCGAGACCUUCAUUUCCACGCAGAUGGCUUCAUCCUCCCAGUAA